GCAGAGGAAAAAUUAAAUCUGUGUCCACUCAUUCACUCCUGCUGGCUUGUCCGCCCAACUCAGCGCUGCAGAAGGUCAACUUUUUCUCAGUGACAAGUGACAAGUGGCGAAAAGAGGAAAUAGGGCAGCCCAUACCUUGGUGCACUGAAGAGUUUACUGGGAAAUGCAACAUUUAUGCAGAUAAAUAUAAUAUAAGAAAGUCAACAAAAUGAAGACUGCCCUAAUUUUGCUCAGCCUUUUGGGAAUAGCUUGUGCUUUCUCCGCAAAACAUUUAUAUCGAAGGGCCAAAUUAGAGGAUUCUGAAGAAAAUGGGGUCUUCAAUCACAGACACAGAUAUUAUCUUAACAAAUAUUCCUACUUUUACCCACCUCUAAAACGAAUUCCAGUUCAGCACAAUGGUGAUUCAUCUGAGGAAGGUGAUGGUGAUAGCUCAGAGGAGGAGGAAGAGGAAGAGGAGACUUCAAAUGAAGAAGAAUCAGAGACUAAUGGAAGUGAAGAUGAAGAAGAAGAAGGUGGAGAAUCUACCACUCUUUCAGCUACUACAUCUGGAUAUGAAGAGGAGAAUACGACUGCAAGUGGGGAUGUGGGUUUAGCAGCAAUUCAAAUUCCAAAGAAGGGUGAAGACAGUAAAAAUAAUACCAAAAAGGAAGAAAGUGAUGAAGAAGAAGAGGAGGAAGAAGAGGAAGAAGAGAACAAAGAGAGUGAAGCUGAAGUAGAUAAAAAUAAAGAAGUAGUUAAUGGCACUGAUCAUGGUGAUGGAAAUGGGACCAGUGGGAAAGAAGAUGGAGAAGAGGAAGAAGAAGUAGAAAAUGGCACUGAAUCCAGUGUAGACAAGGACAACAACAGCACUGAAUUGGCCACAUCUCCAAACAGUAGGUAUGAGUCUACUACUCCUCUAGAAGGGACCUAUGAAGUUACUUCUCCUCCAUACGAAGAAAGCACUAGCAAUCUGUAUGACAGCGGCUAUGAAGAACCAGUCACUAAUGAAUAUGAUAAUGGAUAUGAAAUCUAUGAAAAUGAGAAUGGAGAACCCCGUGGUGACAAUUACAGAGCAUAUGAGGAUGAAUACAGCUACUACAAAGGGCACCCAUACAAUGGCUAUGAAGGUCAAGAUUACUACUACCACCAGUGAAAACCAAUAAAAGGAUGAAGUCAUUCAUACUAAUGGUUUGCAUGGUUGUUGUUUUUUUUUCCCCAGUUGAACUCAGGAAGAUGUAAUAUAAGAAAUCCGCAGUAUGAUACGGAGUGGUGCUGCUGCUUUGAAACUUUCUUUGGCAAAUAGGUCAAAUUUUCAAGUUAACUGAAUUCGUAGUAUUUAUCUGGGGGGAUACUUAUCAAAGCUCUUAUAAAUUAGUUCUACUUCUUAACUAGCAGGAGUGAUCUUUUGAUAUUAUAAUAAUGCUUGAGAAUGUUUGGAGUCUGCUGCACCCUACCUAUUUUUUUUAAUGUUUUUAUUGGGUGGCACGAUUAUGAAAUGCUAAAAUGUGAUGUUGUUUCAGAAUCUGCCAUCUCAUGAUGCUGUGGACAGUAUAUGACAAAUAUGUAAACUUUUAUAAUGUUGCCUAUCAAACACUGUUCAAGUGGAAUUAUUGCUACAAUUCCUAAUGUACACCAUAUGUUUAUACUCUAUUGUUUCUAUUAAAAUCAAAUGCAAGUCACAAAGCAUAUUGGAAUUUAAAAGAAAUGUGGUUGACUUUAAUAAUUAAAUUCUUACUGUGCUAA